AUGGGCACGCUGUGGAUCACGCGACUCUACCCCGCCCCCACCGUCACCUGGCCCCUCAUCAAGGCGCUGGCCCCCGUGGCGCUGGCCCACACCAUCGGCCACGUGUCGGCCUGCGUCUCCUUCUCCCUCAUGGCCGUGUCCUUUGCGCACGUGGUCAAGGCCGCGGAGCCCGUGCUGUCGGUGGCCCUCUCCCAGCUCAUCCUGGGGGAGGUCAACCCGUGGUACGUCUGGGCCAGCCUGCUGCCCAUCAUCGGCGGCUGCUCCUUGUCGGCCAUGAAGGAGGUGUCCUUCGCUUGGGCCGGCUUCAACAACGCCAUGAUCUCCAACUUUGGCAUGGUCAUGCGCAACGUGCUGUCCAAGAAGAGCCUGGGUGACGCCACGAACAAAUUGGACGGCACCAACCUCUUUGCCCUGCUCUCCUUCAUCUCCCUUGUCUACACCGUGCCUGUGGCCCUGGCGGUGGAAGGUUUCAAGGGCGGCGUGUUCCAGUGGGGCACGAUGUGGAGCCAGGCCGUGGCCACCCUGGGCGCACCCCAGUUCUACAAGCUGAUGGCGGGGGCGGGCAUCUUCUACCACCUCUACAACCAGGCAUCCUACAUGGUGCUGGACCAGGGCAUCUCCCCCGUCACCUUCUCGGUGGGCAACACCAUGAAGCGGGUGGCGGUGGUGGCCUCCUCCGUGCUCUUCUUCCGGAACCCAGUGUCAGCCCUGAACUGGAUUGGGUCGAUGCUGGCAAUUGCGGGCACCGGUCUGUACUCCCUGGCCAAGCAAAAGGCUGGCAAUGAUGCCAAGAAGGCCAAGCCUGCAUGA